CGGCAGCACAGGCCCGCGAGUGGCCCCUAGUUCCAGGAGCAGAGUAGCAGAGCCCCAGGUCUGGUCCUCCAGCCCCACGCCUCGCCUGCCCGCCCAGCGCCAGGAUGGCCACCAUCACCUGCACCCGCUUCACGGAAGAGUACCAGCUCUUUGAGGAACUGGGAAAGGGAGCCUUCUCAGUGGUGCGCAGGUGUGUGAAGGUGCUGGCUGGCCAGGAGUAUGCUGCUAAGAUCAUCAACACCAAGAAGCUCUCGGCCAGAGAUCAUCAGAAGCUGGAGCGCGAAGCCCGCAUCUGCCGCCUGCUGAAGCACCCCAACAUCGUCCGGCUCCACGACAGCAUCUCUGAGGAGGGACACCAUUACCUGAUCUUCGACCUGGUUACUGGUGGGGAGCUGUUUGAGGACAUCGUGGCCCGGGAGUAUUACAGUGAGGCCGAUGCCAGUCACUGUAUCCAGCAGAUCCUGGAAGCCGUGCUGCACUGCCAUCAGAUGGGUGUGGUGCACCGGGACCUGAAGCCGGAGAAUCUGUUGUUGGCCUCCAAGCUCAAGGGCGCCGCGGUGAAGCUGGCGGACUUUGGUCUGGCCAUAGAGGUGGAAGGGGAGCAGCAAGCAUGGUUCGGGUUUGCAGGGACGCCGGGAUACCUCUCCCCGGAAGUGCUGCGGAAGGACCCGUAUGGGAAGCCUGUGGACCUGUGGGCCUGUGGGGUCAUCCUCUACAUCCUGCUGGUUGGGUACCCCCCAUUCUGGGAUGAGGACCAGCACCGCCUGUACCAGCAGAUCAAAGCCGGCGCCUAUGAUUUCCCGUCACCAGAAUGGGACACUGUUACCCCAGAAGCCAAGGAUCUGAUCAAUAAGAUGCUGACCAUCAACCCAUCCAAGCGCAUCACGGCCGCUGAGGCCCUCAAGCACCCCUGGAUUUCGCACCGAUCCACUGUGGCCUCCUGCAUGCACAGACAGGAGACCGUGGACUGCCUGAAGAAGUUCAACGCCAGGAGAAAACUGAAGGGAGCCAUCCUCACCACUAUGCUGGCUACCAGGAACUUCUCUGGAGGGAAGAGUGGAGGAAACAAGAAGAAUGAUGGUGUGAAGGAAUCUUCAGAGAGUACCAACACCACCAUUGAGGAUGAAGACACCAAAGUGCGGAAACAGGAGAUUAUUAAAGUGACAGAGCAGCUGAUUGAAGCCAUAAGCAAUGGAGAUUUUGAGUCCUACACGAAGAUGUGUGACCCCGGGAUGACGGCCUUCGAACCUGAGGCCCUGGGGAACCUGGUCGAGGGCCUGGACUUCCAUCGAUUCUAUUUUGAAAACUUGUGGUCUCGGAACAGCAAGCCCGUGCACACCACCAUCCUGAACCCCCAUAUCCAUCUGAUGGGCGACGAGUCGGCCUGCAUCGCCUACAUCCGCAUCACGCAGUACCUGGAUGCGGGCGGCAUCCCCCGCACGGCCCAGUCGGAGGAGACCCGCGUCUGGCACCGCCGGGACGGCAAAUGGCAGAUCGUCCACUUCCACAGAUCUGGGGCGCCCUCCGUCCUGCCCCACUGAAGGACCAGGCCGGGGGCCCUGUACUGCAGAGAUUUACUCUUCGUUCAUGGAAUGUGGCUGUUGGUUCUCCCACUUGGAUUUUGCUGGAACUCCCCCAAUCACAUCACCCCACUACCACCAUCAUCACCAUCACCGUCACACCUACGUCAAGAGAAUCUGCCUGCUCACAAAAGCUAUCACGACUUCCGAGCAAGUGGCACGUCUCCCUGCCACCACCUGUCACGCUGGCUCUGUGUCCCCUGCCAGGGCGGGGCUUCCUCAGGCCUGGGUGCCCUGGGUGCCCUGGGCGCUGGCUCCGAGGACUCCCCCUCCUGGCUGUUGUCCGCCUGGUCUUGCCUUGGCUGUAGGCUAGAACGCCCAGCUGUGUGUGCCCCCAGGGGCUGAGGAGAAAGAGGGGCAGAAUCAGGAAGAAUGUGGCAUCCGCCCCCCAUCUCCCUGUCUCUCCCUUCCAGGGUCCCCCCAGCCCCGUGAGCCAGCCUCCCCUGUGGGAGACAGUGAGAGAGGAGCGGACACCAGGAGCCCCCACCUCACACUGCCUCCCUAGCUCUCCCCCCAUCCCGCCCCGUCCUCUGUCCGUGCGGACCCUCCUCCCUCGGUGUGUGGAGCACGAUCCUCUCAGGGUGCCCCCCACUCUUCCCUUCUGCCUUCGGCUGCCGUUUACCUCCGACAGUAACGCCCAUUCUACCCUUCCAUCAGUCCGGGAGAAUUCCAGCUUCGUCACAUCGGAGGGAGAGAAUCUGAUUGCUUUUUGGGGGCAAAGAAGGCAACGUUUAGGUAUCACUUCUACUCGGACCGCAUGCCUUUUUAUAGCCAAACUUCUGUGUGUUUCGUAAAUGGAUUUUGCGUUCAUGGAUAUUUAUGUAAUAACUAAACCUCUCAAAUUAUAGUGAGGAGGGUCGGGUCAAGUUGGGAAGGGAGGUGGGAAGAGGGGUGAGGGGUAGUUUUUUUCUGUUCUAGGUCUUUUUUUUUUUUUUUCCAUGUCAUCUCUGAGAUGCACUCUGUCACCUGUGGUUAUCUGGGGCCGAGGUGGACUCAGCCCUGGGGACUGGGGGGGGGGGAGGGCCUCGCUGACAUUUUGGUCCCAAAGUUCCUUUCAGGACUGUAGAAACACCAGAUGUUAGUGCUAAGAAACAGCAAAUCAGGGCAGAGAGAGUGGGGAAGUUGUCAGGACAGAAAUAUCUUUUUUUUUUUUUUUUUUGCUUGCCUCCCAAACUGAGGUUCCCAGGAUUUCAUCCCACCGCAUCCAUGUGUGCCCCCCCAGCCCCUCCCCCAGUCUUUGGGGGUUCAUGAGCAUGUGUCUUCAUUGCCUCUCCCCUCCGCAUCUGCUGGUCCAAGCAGAGCACUGGAAUUUUUCCUCUUCACGCCUCGUCCUGCAGCCGUGGGUUCGAAUCUCUUUUCCCUUCUCUUUCCCUCUUCCCCGGGAUUGACUCUGACGUGGAAUGCCUUGGCACAUCCACUAGGAUCUACUGUCUGCACUGUUUUCUUUGCAUGACUUUAUAUGCAGUAAGUAUGUU